CAUCUCUCAACCUCCACAGUUACUACACGUACUCUCCACCGCCACGUCUUCUUUUCUUCCACAUGUCGGUUUUGUUCCAUCUUUAUAAAUACAAAUAAAUCUCCUCAAUAUCUUAUACUAACUAUUAUACAUAUUCUCAUAAUCACAUUCGUUCUCUUCCUCACUUCAAAAAACACAACUACUAUGUCUCAAAAAACAUCAUUCUACCCUCAAGUUGAAUCCACCAAUCCAGACGCAAAUUCUCCCUUCUCCCAUUCAUCUUCCUCUUCAUCCAUGUAUCCAUCAAUCACCACUGAUAAUCUCUCACCAGAAUAUCCAAAACCUGCACAACAACAACAACAACAACAACCAUCAGAACAUGUUCUCGUCACUGUCCCCGACGUGAUUCUCCAUCUCAUAGAAAAAGAUUCAAGCGUCCACUUAGCUUCCGGCGACUUAACCAUAGUAAGCCUUAAAGAAGGAAACAACGUAGCAGCAGUUAUCGCUCGCAUCGGCGAUCAAAUCCAAUGGCCAUUAGCCAAAGACGUUUCAACUGUGAAACUCGACGAGGACCAUUACUUUUUCACACUUAAGGUUCCACAGAGUAAUAGUAAAGAAGAUAUUGAGUCUGAAGUGUUGAACUAUGGAAUGACGGUUGCAACAAAAGGGCAAGAGAAAGGUUUGGUUUUGAAGGAACUUGAUAAGGUUCUUGAAAAGUAUAGUUUUCUUUCUGUGGAGAAGGUGAAGGGUGUGAAAGGGUGGGAGGUUUUGGAGAAAAAGGAAGUUUUGGAGGAAAGUUCUGCGGCUGCUUACUGGACAACGUUGGCACCAAACGUGGAGGAUUACAAUGGAAGAUUUGCAAGAUGGAUUGCGGCAGGAUCAGGACAAAUGAUCAGAGGGAUUCUGUUUUGUGGAGAUGUUACUGUGGAGAGACUGAAAUGGGGGAAUGAUUUCAUGAAGAAGAGGUUGCAACCUGGUUCUUCUCAAUCACAAAUUAGUCCACAUGCCAUGGCGAGCAUGAAAAGGGUUAAGAAGUUGACAAAGAUGUCAGAGAAAGUGGCUCUUGGUGUUCUCUCUGGUGUUGUUAAGGUGUCUGGAUUCUUUACUAGUUCAGUGGUGAACUCGAAACCGGGGAAGAAGUUAUUCAGUCUUCUUCCUGGAGAAAUUGUACUUGCUACCCUUGAUGGAUUCAAUAAGGUGUGUGAUGCUGCAGAAGUAGCUGGAAGGAAUGUUAUGUCUACUUCAUCAGUUGUGACCACUGGACUAGUUUCACAUAAAUAUGGAGAACAAGCAGGCGAGGUUACAAAUGAAGGGUUUGGCGCUGCAGGGCAUGCAAUUGGUACAGCUUUGGCUGUGUUCAAACUAAGGAAGGCACUCAACCCCAAGAGUGUGAUCAAACCAACAACAAUGGCUAAAGCUGCUGCACAAGCAAGUUCUACUCAACUGAAGGCUAAAAAAUAAGAACUCAAUCAUGGCAACAAGAGAAUGAGAAUCAACUAAGGAAAAAUGGAUUGUAUUUUUUUUACAUUUCUACUAGUCCAAAAUAUAGGUUCUUCAACAUGUUUUAGAUAAGGUUGCUUAUCAGUUUUGUUUUUAUCUGAUGUAAAAUAUAUAAACUGCAUUAAUAUUUUUCCA